AUGGCCACUGCUGCAGUCUUCCCCCCAGCCGUGCAGCCCGAUAUUCAAUACGCCCCGGACAUUGAAAAAUGGCACCAACGUACAGCCAAGAGGUUAAAGGAAGAAAAGGACCACCUGCAAAAAACCUUACCCAAAGGUUUCCCUGCUCAGUUGCAAGGCAGCCUGGUCUGGGAAGGUCAAACCGUCGGGCAGUCCUACGACUGGACUUAUGUUUUGAACGAGGAACAGCUAGCAGAAAUAGACGAUGCCGUGAGGCACUUUAAGUCUUUAAACCUGCCCCUGGGCCACAUAGACGCAGAUACAUUCCCACUGCCCAAAACCCGCCCCGAGCUGCGUCGCCUGUCACAGGAACUGCACAAUGGCCACGGCUUCUUCGUGAUCCGCGGCGUCGACGUGGACAAGCACACGCGCGAGGAAAACAUCAUCAUCUACGCCGGCAUCUCCUCGCACAUUGCAGCCGUCAGGGGUCGCCAGGACUCGACCUUUAACGGCACCAAGGCCGACGUUGUUCUGUCGCACGUCAAGGAUCUGACGUUGCAGCUCCAGCAGCAGCAGCAGCAGCAGCAGACGGCCAAGGUCAGCAUAGGAAGCCCUGCCUACACGGCGGACAAGCAAGUCUUCCACACCGACAGCGGCGAUAUCGUCUCGCUGUUCGCCCUGGGGGAGGCCGCCGAGGGUGGCGCGAGCAAGCUGGCGAGCACGUGGCGGGUCUACAACGAGCUGGCGAGGACGAGGCCGGAUCUUAUCCACACGCUGGCUACGGACUGGCCGCUUGAAAACUUCGACAAGUCGACCAGCGAGCGCUACUUCUCCAGGCCGCUCAUCUACCACCAGCCCGCGUCCGAGAGGCAGCCGGAGCGGAUCCUCCUGCAGUACGCCCGCCGGUACCUGGUCGGGUUCGGCGCCCUGCCGCGCGGUGCCGACGUCCCGCCCAUCUCGGAGGCGCAGGCCGAGGCCCUGGACGCCCUGCACUUCCUCGGCGAGCGCUUCCACGUCGCCACCGACUUUCGCAAGGGCGACAUGCAGUACGUCAACAACCUGGCCGUCUUUCACGCCCGGGACGGGUUCAGGGAUACGGUGGAGAAGCAACGACACCUCGUCAGGCUGUGGCUGCGCGACCCCGAAAACGCCUGGGAGACGCCCGAAAAGCUGCGCACGCGGUGGGGUAGGGUCUACGACGGCGUCACCCCUCAGUCGCAGGUGCUUCCCUUGGAGCCCUUUGUGAGAGGCGCUAGCAACGGUGCAGAGAGAGAGACGAGAAGUUAG